AUUUGUUGACGUAUCGCCAUAUGAGACAUUCGCAAGAAAACAAAAGUGGUAUUUCACACAGUCUUCCGUGGUUCAAUUUGAUCAAAACACAAGAGCAUCAAGAAGAAAUCGUAUUUAUUAGUUAUUUGGUAGGAUAAAGAAGCCGCUAAAAUGGAUCCAGCACUUUUAAGAGAACGGGAAGCGUUCAAAAAGCGGGCUAUGGCCACUCCAACCGUGGAGAAAAAGAGCCGACCCGAAGCGACCGUAAAAGAUGUUCCCAAACCAAAAGUUCGACCGCCGAGCGCAGCACCCAAAUUGGAUGCAUCAAACUACAAAACCAUGGCUGGAAGUUCACAGUACCGUUUUGGUGUGCUGGCGAAAAUUGUGAAACAUAUGCGAAAUCGGCAUUUAGAAGGCGAAGACCACAUGUUGACGUUAGACGAUAUUCUGGAUGAAACCAAUCAGCUGGAUGUCGGUUCAUCGGUGAAAAAUUGGUUACAAACCGAAGCUCUUCAAGAGAACCCAAAAAUUGAUGUGUCUCUAGAUAAAUUGCGAUUUGCUUUCAAACCUGUCUUCAAAUUGAAAGACGGCAAAAGUUUGAUUAAGCUAUUGAAACAAUACGAUUUAAAAGGUCUGGGCGGUAUCAUGUUAGAAGAGAUUCAAGAAUCGUUGCCACACUGCGAAAAAGUCCUCAAGAACUAUGCAAAAUUUAUUCUUUACAUCACACGACCAACCGAUAAAAAGAAAAUCGUUUUCUACAAUGACAAAUCGGCCGAUAUUACGGUUGACGAAGAGUUUAAAAAACUCUGGCGAUCAAUUCCAGUCGAUUCAAUGGAAGAUGCCAAAAUCGCAGAAUAUCUCGAGAAACAAGGAAUUCGGUCAAUGCAAGAUCACGGUCCAAAGAAACCAUUGGUGCCGAAGCGGAAGAAGGCUCAAUCGAAGAAGCGACAAUUCAAAAAGCCUCGGGACAACGAGCAUUUGGCUGAUGUGCUUGUGACAUACGAAGAUAACACAAUUACUCAAGAGGGCGCUAAAAUAAAGCAAUCGUAAACAAAACAUUCGAAAUUUGAAUUUAAAAAAAAAAUGAAACGAAAAAUUUGUUGUAAUGAAAAUAAAAAAACAAACAUUUUUCACGGAUAAAUUGUA